AUGAGUUCGAUUGCCAGAGAGAUCCAACCUAUGAUUGAAAGCAACCCAGACAUGCCAAUUCAUGCAAUUCAAAGUCAACUGCUUCGGAAGCAUCAGCUAGAAAUAUCACUACAUAAGGUCUUUAAAGCCAAGAGGAUAGCAACUACGAGGAUUUAUGGUGAUUACCAAGAACAAUAUGGUCUUCUAAGGUCAUACUGUGAUGAACUUCUAAAAGCCAACCAGAUGAUUGGAAGACCGUUGCUGGGUGUCGAUGGUUGUUUCAUGAAAGGUCCAUUUCCUGGACAAAUCUUGAGUGUUGUUGGAUUAAUUGCAAUUUGUAUCACAGGGUCUGAUACCAGCUAUGCUAGCUGUUUUCCUAAUGGUGAGCAUAGAUUUUGUUUGAGGCACAUCCAUGAGAACAUGAAAUCCAUGUGGCGUGGAGAUCUUUACAAGAAUUUGCUUUGGUCAGCCAGAAGGAAGAAAUCUAUUCCAUAUUUUAACAAAGCUAAGGAAGAAAUUAUGACAACAGAACGAACUAUGUAUGACUGGCUGAAUGAGAUCCCAUACACCGCUUGGUCAAGAGCAUAUUUUUCUGGAAGAGCUAAAUGUGAUAUGUUGCUGAACAACAUAUGCGAGGUUUUUAAGAGACAAAUCAUAGGAGAAAGGGACAAGCCGAUUAUCACAUGCCUAGAAUUCAUUAGGGAGUACAUGACCAAGAGGAUAGUGAAUGUCAAGAAAUUGCAAGCAAAGUGUAUGGGGCCACUGACUCCUCAUGCCACUGAGGUCAUCGAAGAGAUCAAGAAACAGGCUGCUAAAAUGUCUGUUUUAAUGGUUAAUUCAGACAAGAAGUGGGAUUUGACAGGGAUGCCUUGCAAACAUGCAGUUGCAGCCAUAUGGGAUAUGUCGAGGAAUAGCAUUGAUGCUGGCAUACCAGAAGAGUGGGUUUCUGAUGUGUAUUGGAUGUCAACAAGGAAGAAAGUUUAUGAGAAUGUGAUAGAGCCAAUCAAUGGGCCGGAGAUAUGGACUCCUUCACAGUGUCCAACAACGCUCAUCCCACCAAAGCAUCAUACACAAGUUGGAAGGCCAAAGAAGAAACGAAAGAAGGCAUUUGGUGAAAAAGAGCUUAAGCAGGAGUUCGAAAAAGGAGGUAAAAUGACCAGAAAGGGAACCAACAUCAAGUGUGGUAAUUGUGGGAACAUGGGUCACAAUGUCAGGAGCUGCAAAGGACAAGGGGGUGAACAAUCCACUGCUUCACAGGAAUCACAUACUGCCACUCAAGGUGCACCAGUUUACAAUCUUUAUGAGUGA